AUGGUUGCUGUAACGCGGAGCCAGCUACAAGAGCUCGAUCCACCUCAGCCCUUCUACAACACAGGCGAUACCUCCUCUUUUGCCUACAAGUCUGCCCUCGAGCGCUGGCCCGUCAUCAUCACACAAAUCAUCGAUGACGUCUAUAAAACAGUCAAUACGCUACAAUCGCCGCAAAACAAGGAUCAGAUCAAGGAAGGCCAGCAGAUCAUUGAAGCCAUUGCAAAGAUCAAGUAUGAGGAGACACAUGAUCGUGCACUCGAUCCACUGACGGAAGAUGGCGGUGCGGAUAUCGAGGAUUAUAAUACAGAACUGGCACUGCUAGAUCAGCCAACCUGGUUCAAUGUGCCCUGGCUAUACAGUGAGUGUUAUCUCUACCGCAAGAUUCGGAUACUAUUCACCACUUCAAAUCACUGGCAACAGCAUGACCCUUUCUUCCGUGCAAAGGACGAGACUUUUCGUUCUUCUGGUAUUGCAGUGGAGGAACUUGCUGUGCGAUAUGCAAAGCUCGCCGAUGAUUUGCAUGCCCAUCCAUACAAGAGCAUGUCUAAAGAAGCACAAAAGCUCCUCUUUAUGGAAAUGAGCCAGAUUGCACUGUGGGGCAAUGCAACAGAUUUGAGCUUACUCACCUCACUGAGCUAUGAUGAUUUACAAAAGCUGCAAGGUGCUGAAGCCAUUAAAGCAAGUCAGAAGAAUGUUCUUGUCAAUGAUCUCGACCAAGUCUGGGCAUUGCUGGGCACCCUGCAAGGCGGCAGAAUUGAUAUUGUCCUGGAUAAUGCUGGAUUUGAGUUGUUUGCCGAUUUGAUGCUGACCAUGUACCUGCUGGACACAGGUAUUGCAAAACAAGUUGUCCUACAUCCAAAGGACUUUGCCUGGUUCGUAUCGGAUGUUACGCCACCGGAUAUCGAUCACCUCUUUGCAAGUCUAGCAGAUGCAGAAUCCUACUUUCCAAAUGCAAAGAACAAGCAAGUCCUGCAGACAUUGACUCGUCGAUGGACGCAAAAUUACAAGGACGGCAAGAUUCAAGUCCAUCCUGAUCCAUUCUGGACAACGGCACAUCCCUUCACGCGAUUACCAAGUCUUGCUCCAGCACUCCUCGAGACAUUGACGAAAGCUGACCUGGUCAUCUUCAAGGGUGACUUGAAUUAUCGCAAGCUCGUGGGUGAUGCGACUUGGCCUGCUACAACAGACUUCCAGACUGCCAUUGGCCACUUUGCCAAGAGCAAUGUUCGCAUCUUGUCUUUGCGGACGUGUAAAGCAGAUGUCUGUGUGGGUCUUGCAGAGGGAUUAGAAGAACAAUUGAAUGAAAAGCAUGGCAAACUUGCAUGGCGGACGAAUGGCAAAUUCGCCGUGGUGUCAUUUCAUGAUGGUAAACGGUAG